AUGACUUCUUCCAAUUCACCAAAUCUCCUCUCUCCACGUAAGAUUCUACCGCUUCCUAGUAGAUCACGAAACAGACAGACGUCAAAAAGCAGGCAAAGUUCGGACCCCAGAUCUUCCUCUAGUGGUGAGGUGGACGAACAUGCUGCAACACCAGAGUGUUCAGAAGAUGAGCCCACAGCUGCAGGCCAUCGGAUUGAAAGAAGCAACAGCCCAAAAUCGCAAGUUGGUCCCGUAUCUGACACAACCCUAUUUGCAUCAAGAGUUCGUAAAGAGAGCGCUGUAAUUCCCAAAACUUUGGAGAGAGAACAAAGCCAAGAUACACCAACUCGAAACGCAAAUUUAAAGCCCGUUGCGACACCAGAUCAUGAAUUACCCCAGCCUCUACAUACACUAGUAACAGAAGAAAAAAUCACAAUCAGCAAUGGCUCAGAAAAUCUCCCUGAAGUCGUGGAAGAUUCUCACUAUAGAUUUUCCUCUGAUGGCAUUGAAGUGCGGGGUACUAGUCCGCAAAUCAGCCACUCCCGAAGAUCGUCCGAAGGUACAUCUGCUGAUAGCGAAUCAUCAACCGAAGACGCAAAAUACACGGUUGAAGACGAAGAGGCACCAGUCGAACCCUAUUUCACCAAAGAAUUUCAGUCCAUUCUUGGAAGAAGCUAUGAUAUUGCAAUUCAAGUGGCCGAUGAACUGGAAAAACUAGAGAAAGUCUUUGGAGGAGAUGUAAAUUUUCGAAGACUAUUGAAUGAUUCAAAAGGACUGAGCAAACGCGAUAUAUCGAGUACUAGGACCAUUGCUAUACUAGGUGCAUCAGGGGAGGGAAAGAGUAGUCUGAUCAACUCGCUUCUACAUAUGACAGAGCUAGCUAGGACUAGUGAUGAAGGUUCUGCUUGUACUUCCGUUGUCACAGAGUACAGGCAAAAGAAAAAUAGCACCCUCGAACCGUUUUCAAUCGAGGUAGAGUAUCUUUCCACUCCAGAGCGUCAAGAGAUGGUAGAAGAGUUGCUGUGGAGUUAUCGACAGCUAUUUUUCCCAGAUUCAGAUAAUGAAGGCAAUGCGCUUGAUUCUGAUGAAAAGGAACGUACCGAAAGAGAAUCCGCAGUGGCAUGGUCGGCUCUUGAGGCAUUGUUUAGCCAACAAGAGGAGUUCGAUGUCAGUUUCCUGAGCGACAAGUCGAAAGGUUCAUUUGAGAGGAUCAAGAGCAAAUUGUUAGAAUGGAUGCAGAAGAUAGAAUUUCCUGCAGACGAUGAGUCUGGUUUAUGGACAGCUAGUGCGCAUACUUCUGAUGAAUGUCAAGAACUAACUAGUGUCUUCAUGGAGGAUAAGCUUUGGCCAUUCACUAAGAUCAUUCGGGUCUACCUUGACGCUGAAGUGCUGAAAACAGGCGUUGUCCUCGCCGAUUUGCCAGCGCGUGUUCGAGCAACACAGAAGUACUUGCAGAGUUGUGAUCAUGUCUUCAUCGCAACCAAAAUUUCCAGAGCAAUUACUGAUACAACCCUAAAGUCAGCAUUAUAUAGUGAGCUCAAACGCCAUGUUCCGCUUGCGUGGGAGGAAUCGGGAGGCACCAAUAUCAAUUUCAAAUUGGCUGUUAUAUGCACAAGGUCAGAUGAUAUCAACCCAAAGACAGCAAAGAGGACUUUCGUUGGUAAUGGAAAAGAGAUAUCUUUGAUUGACAUGAACUCGAUUGACAAAGAUAUCGAGAACGCGAAGCGCAAGGGUGACAAAAGCCUAAAAGAAACCCUCGAACGAAAAAAGUUGUGGCUUUUUAUCGAAGCUCGAAACCGCCACGUUACCAAGGGACUUCAAGCCGCGUAUCGACAAAAGACUAUCAACGGGCAUCUAGAUGUCUUUUGUAUCUCAAACACAACAUAUGAGGAAUAUGUAGAGGAUAAGGACAAUGAAAUGAUCCAAAAGAGUGGUAUUCCAGAACUUCGUCGCUUUUGUCGAAAGAUAACUGCUAGUGCUCAACUUCUGCAGGCACUGCAUUUCAUGCGAUCAAGGCUACCAAGUCUAUUAAAUUCAAUUACGCUGUGGUUGGAUUCCGUUCAAGCAGUCUCUCAAGUACAGGAUGAUGGUAGAGGAACGUUGGUCUUGGACUGCUACGAGCGUUCCAGAAAAGAGGCAACUGAGUCAAUCACGAAAUAUCAUAGGGAAUUCAGAAAUGCCUUACAAAAGGACAUGCUUGGUUUCUUUAAUAGGGAAAGUAUACAGUGGGAGGUUGCUGCGAAAAAGAGGGCGGAAGAAUGGGCUGAAUGGCAUCAUCAAUCAUACAAUGCGUGGUGUAGAAACAACGGAGAGCACACCACUGUUGCGCGGGGUUAUAAAAAUUGGAACGCGGAAAUUCUCGAAAGAAUGAGGGUGGAGCUUGAAACGAAAUGGGAUCUUCUUGAAGAGAAGAUCCCAAUAAAUUUGGAGAGCCUCCUACAAGAGGUCAAAGAUCAACUUCAAAAUUUGGAGACUCAUAUCGAAGGGCAAGGUAGAUCAGCUCCAACGCAGUAUGGGAUUGACUUUCGUAUACAAGACUUAGAAUACAAUUUCGGUCUCAUACAACAGGAAUUUGAGAGAGGAUUAAGAACAAUUCGACAACACGUUGAAGAUCCAAAUGCUUCGUCGUUUGUCGUUGCUGAAAUGAUGUCAGCUUAUCGUAAAGCCGGAAGCGAAGGAGGCAAAGGCAUGAAGGUGCGGCAAAUAUCGAUUAUCACGAAUCAAGUCAAUGGCGGCACAAUGUUCCCUAACAUUUCUGCCAAAAUGCGUCAAGAAGCAGUCACCUUGAUUGACUAUGAAUUCAACAAGCUCAAACUGGAAUUGCACGAGACUUUUAAUUUGAUACAUAAAGACAUUGAUAUGGCGAUUGCUAAGAGACCGCAGUCCCAGCAAUCUGCUGCUACGACCGAAGGUAAAGAUUUGGUCGUAAGACUUGCAAAAAGGCUCAAUAACUUGAGAUUGAAGUAUCAUGAGAUUCUUCGUGAUCAGGAGAGUGAAGUGGGAGCAGCGAUUCGUGGCCUUUGGCGAAAGCUUCGUUCUAUGAAGAUACCAAGAAACCAACUGCUGAUCGAAACACUUGCACCCGGAACUACAAGUUUCUCAAUAAACGCUAGAGAUGAGAGACAUAUAACUCUCGACGAGUCAGACAGCCUUCGAACAGAUCGACCAGGCCUUGAAAGAUAUCAAUUAAAUCGGGAUGCAGCCAUCGGAGGCCACUCGUAUGACUUCGCCGAGCUGUAUAUGGAGCAUCGCGAGUGGCAGGAACAGGCGAAGAAAGUCAACCAACGGCUCAAUGAGUACAUUUGGCAGACUACAAAUCUGCGCGAAGAUACAAAGCUCAUGGAUGAGACACAUGCUUUGAUAAAGCUAGUCGAAUCGUUGAUACGCGAACGAGAUGAGCGAGGUAUCAAAUUCGAAAUUGCUUUGCAUGCUAGAAAAUUAGCAGACGAGGAGGAUGCAGAAUUGAUGGAAAGCGAUAUUAGUUCUUUGGAUACUCCAGUGGAAGAGGAGCCAAGAACAAAUAUCGCUACUGCAGAUAUGGUGGAGUGGUUUCAAACGAUCUCUGAACUUUGGGAGGAGGAUAGACAGACGGUUGCGAGCAUCCACGACGCAUAUCAUGCUGUUCGCAACGGAGAAUAUCCUAACAUUCGAGAAGCAUUGGAGGAUGCAGUCAGCUUAUAA